AUGUCCGACAACCCCCUUACGACUCUCGCCAGCCGCGGCGAGGACCAGCAAAGCGCCACCUACGAGGCCGGCUGCCACUGCGGCUAUGUCAAGUUCGCUGUCACGUUGGCGCCGCCGCUGCCGGAGCACCAGGUCGUGCAGUGCAACUGCUCGGCGUGCGUGCGGUUUGGGUAUUUGCUCGUGUACCCCGAAGCCAAAGACGUCGUCUGGCAUAACAACGGCCGCGCGCGGUGCGCCAAUUACCAGUUCAACACGAAGCAGCUGGACCAGAUGUUCUGCCCCAAAUGCGGCGCGAGCCUCGGCAUCGACCUCCGGGAGCGCAUGACGCCGCACCGGUACGCCAUCAGCGCACGCGCGUUCUACGGCCUCGACCUCGACGAGCUGACCUACAAAAAGGUCGACGGCAGGGAGAAGGCCGUGCCGGCCGGCGACCACUCGGGACACUGUUGGGAUGAGGAGAAGCAGGAGAUGAAGUAG